AUGGACGACCUCCAGGACCGGGGCCCCCAGCACCCUGGGAGAUGCUGUCCUGCUCUGCGAAGGAUGGCUCCUGUCGGCUUUGGGACUGAGGCCUGGAAACUCUUUGUCCUUUCAGGACCCCUGUUCCUGUUUCAGGUGCUAAACUUCAUGAUCUUUGUGGUGAGCUCAGUGUUCUGUGGUCGUCUGGGGACAGUGGAGCUGGCAUCUGUGACCCUCUCGGUGGCUAUUGUCAAUGUCUGUGGCGUGUCUGUGGGGUUCGGUUUGUCCUCAGCCUGUGACACCUUGAUGUCCCAGAGUUUCGGCAGCCCCAACAAGAAGUUUGUGGGGGUCAUCCUGCAGAGAGGGGUACUCAUACUGCUUCUUUGCUGCUUCCCCUGCUGGGCACUCUUCAUCAACACAGAGCAGAUCCUGCUCCUCUUCAGGCAAGACCCGAAUGUAUCCAGGUUGAGCCAGGAUUAUGUGCUGAUCUUCAUACCUGCACUUCCAGCUAUUUUUCUUUAUGGCCUGUUGGCAAAAUAUUUGCAAAAUCAGGGCAUCAUCUGGCCCCAAGUCCUCAGCGGCAUCUUGGGCAACUGUGUCAAUGGCUUGGCCAACUAUGUCCUCGUUUCCAUGCUGAGUCUAGGGAUCAGGGGCUCUGCAUACGCCAACACCAUCUCCCAGUUUGUUCAGAUGAUCUUCCUCUUUCUCUACAUCGUGCUGAAGAAGCUGUAUUUGGAAACAUGGGCAGGCUGGUCCAGCCAAUGCCUGCAGGACUGGGGCCCCUUCUUCUCCCUGGCCAUCCCCAGCAUGCUCAUGAUGUGCGUCGAAUGGUGGGCCUAUGAGAUCGGGAGCUUCCUAAUGGGCUUGCUCAGCGUCAUGGACCUCUCCGCCCAGGCUAUCAUCUACGAGGUGUCCACGAUGGUAUACAUGAUACCCAUGGGGCUCAGCAUCGCUGUCUGUGUGCGAGUGGGCACCUCCCUGGGAGCUGCAGACUCUGUCCAAGCAAAGCGAUCGGCUGUCUCAGGGGUGCUCUGCACAGUUGGUACCUCGCUUGUGGUGGGAGUUCUGCUGAGUGCCCUGAAAAACAACCUGGGGUACAUUUUUACCAAUGAUGAAGAAGUCAUCAGGUUGGUGGAAGAGGCAUUGCCGGUUUACACCAUCUUUCAGCUCUUUGAAGCACUUUGUUGUGUCUUCGGUGGAGUUCUGAGAGGCACAGGGAAGCAAGCUUUUGGAGCCAUCGUGAACACAAUCAUGUAUUACGUCAUUGCCCUCCCAUUGGGCAUCGUGCUGGCCUUUGUUGUCAGAAUAAGAAUUAUGGGCCUCUGGUUGGGCUUGCUGGUCUCUGGUAUCCUGGGAGUUGCUGCCUUUGUUGUUUAUAUUGCACGUUUGAACUGGAAGCUCUCAGCAGAGGAGGCUCAAAGACGCGCAGGGCUGCCACAGCAGAACACAGAGAGCUCUGGGAACUUGGCAAGCACAGUCCACAGACCCGGGCCUGAGAAGGUGGUUGUGUCCUCAGUGGCUACAGGUAGCUACCCUGGGAUUAUCCUGACAACGUACUCAAGGACCGAGUGCCAUCUAGACCCCUUCAGGACUCCGGAAGCAGCCUGUGCCUUCUCAGUUCCUGCCAGCAGCAAACUGUCAGUGAAACAGCUGGCUCUCCGCCGAGGGGCUGCUCUGGGGGCGGCAUCAGCUUUGCUGACAGUGGGGCUUGUCAUUAGGGUCCUGACCAGCGGACACUAG